AUGCUACCAUCAGGUUCACCAGAAAGUGUAAGAGCCGCCAAACCCAAGACGGGGGAGAAGAAGGAUGCUUCCAAGAAAGACAAAAAGAAAGAUGAAAAGAAGACGGACGAGGAAGAUGAUGAGCAACAAUAUGAAGAUGUGAACGUCGGUGAUGGCGCCCCUUCUCCACCACCAGCCUAAACUUGAACUGGUUUUUACUAACUUGGCCAAUUCUACUUGAAUUCUAUAAAAAAUAAAUUUAAAAAUAUAUUAUUUGUGUUUUAUGAAUUGAACAAUCAAGUACUAAAAUACGUACUGUAAAUAAUGCAGCUUUUGGAUAUUUUUAGUAUAAAAUGAAGUUUGAAUUUACCUGCCCUGUUUAGCCUUUUUUAGUUAUAAAGGAUUUGCAUACAGAGACAAUGAUCUUUUUCUGUUUGUUUUUGUAAUCGUUUUUUGUGCUAUUCAAGAACUACAGUAAAAAUAAUCAGUCUACCUUCAAAUCUGUUCAAUAUAACACAUGUUAUGCAAAUCCUAUUAUAAUUUUUCGUAUAAAAGCCAACAGAUCAAGAGUAUACCUAUCAUUCAUUAACUUGUUUGUCCAUUCCAACAUACGAUCCUUCAUCAUCCUUCUUUUGGCCCUUUUGGCUGUUACUGCCUUUGGUAAGUUGAACUGUAAUAUCAAAGUUUAUUUCAAAUUCAGGAGCCGGUAAAAAGCCAAUUCAAAAAGUGCCAGCUCGUAAGCCUACAGCUGCAAAAGCUCCUGUCAAAGCUGGUACCAAAAUUCCACCUGGCACUGGAGCCACCAUAAUCGGUACUACUUUUGUUGCCCCAGCUGAGACAGCUUCUACUGCUCCACCUGGCACUGGUGCCACUGUGGUUGGUACUACUUUUGUUGCCCCAGCUGAGACAGCUUCUACUGCUCCACCUGGCACUGGUGCCACUGUGGUUGGUACUACUUUUGUUAACCCAGAAUAG